AUGCCAGUAAGCACAAGUGUUCCCCAUGCCCCUGCCGGCUUCCACAUCCGGGAAGCCAAUUUGAGAGACGUCGAGGACCUGACUCGGCUCUGGUUCUCGUCGUUCAACCCAUCCCACAAGUUCUGGGAUGUAGUGACACCCCAAGACCAAGCAACACGGCAGUGGUUCAUUGAUGUGUGGGCCAUGGGCAUUGCAGCUGGUCCGGAAGUGUUGAGGACGUGGGUGGUGGAAGACCUGGGCCAGGAUAAGCGACUUGCCGCGUUCGCUCGCUGGAGCGUACCUCGCGCAGAUGGACUACAGGACAUUCCUCUGCCCGAAUAUCCCAAAACGUGGGAUCCCGAGCUGACGGCGGCGUUGUGGGAUGGGAUGCCGCGGAAUCGCUCCGCAGUGAUGGGUGCAAGACCACACUGGAUGCUUGAAUUUCUUGGCGUCGAUGCAGAAUACCAGAACAGAGGCCUCGGGUUCGCGUUGGUGGACUGGGGUUGCCGGGAAGCUGACUCUGCAGGGCUUGAGGUGUACCUUGAUGCCACCAUCAGAGGCUUACCAUUCUACAAGAAGAAUUUCGGUUUCGAGGACCGUAAGGUUCUUGAUAUACCAGUGCGGCCGGACUCCUUUGGAACGUAUGAGCUGAUGGCCGUCGUGCGAGCAGCUCGUAUAAGAGAGCUCACGUUGCUGCAGGAGAAGUCCGGUCUUCAGGGAACCACUAUCGAGGUUAUGGAAAUUGUUGAGGCGUAA